AUGGACAAAUUUGUGACAAGAGGGUUGCCACCAUCUCUAAGAAGAGAUGAUGGCUCUUCAAAGAUAAGUGAUGUAGAGAUCAACCUUGAGGAUCUAGCUGCAGAUCCUGGACUACGAACUCCGAUAUUGAAUUACCAUCCCGAUAUUCGAGAUCAAAUUCGGAGAGCAUAUUUACUAAAGGGUCCUUGCCAACCUAAAAAAUAUCAUUUUCCUUAUAAGAGUUAUGGGCAAUGCUUACGACGAUUCAACCCGGCAUGGUUUGAUGCCUUUUCUACUUGGUUAGAAAAUAGCAAAGAUAAAGAUGAAGCAUAUUGUCUAUGUUGUUAUCUUUUUAAACCAAAAAUCGGAGAACAAUCGGGUGGUGAUACCUUCGUGAGUGAAGGAUUUUCUAAUUGGAAGAAGGGUUUGGAAAAACUACAAAGCCACAUUGGAGGUCCAAAAAGUGCCCACAACCAAUGUUCGAGUAUGUGCCAAGCAUUAAUGAAACAAAAACAACACAUUCAAUCAAUUUUCUUCAAGCAAUCAGAGAAGACACGAAUUGCAUAUCGAACACGAUUGAUUGCAUCAAUUGAUUGUGUUCGACAUCUUUUGCGACAAGGUCUUGCAUUUCGUGGUGACGAUGAAACUGAGGAUUCAAGCAACCAAGGGAAUUUUCUCGAGACAUUGCGAUUUCUUGUGAAUCAUAAUGAAGACAUUAAUGCGGUUACAUUGCAAAAUGCUCCUGAAAAUCACAAAUUAAUGGCACCUAAGAUCCAAAAGGACAUUGUUAAUGCCAUUGCAUUGGAGACUCUCAAUGUUAUUAUCGGAGAUAUUGUUGAACGUUUUGUGGGUCUAGUGCAUGUUUCUGAUACCACUUCCAUCUCACUCAAGAAGGCGAUUGAUGCUUUAUUUUCUAGACAUGGGUUGAGCAUUUCUAGAUUACGAGGGCAAGGUUAUGAUGGGGCUAGUAAUAUGCGAGGUCAGUUCAAUGGUCUCAAAACUCUCAUCUUGAAGGAGAAUGAAUGUGCUUUUUACAUUCAUGGUUUUGCCCAUCAACUCCAAUUGGCUCUCGUGGGUAUGGCAAAAAAACAUGAGGAUAUUGUUUCUCUCUUCACUUUUGUUGCUAAUCUUAUAAAUAUAGUUGGUGGUUCAUGUAAACGUUGUGAUAUUCUUCGAGAGAAACAAGCUUCUAUAGUUACCGAGGCACUUAACAAUGGUGAGCUUUCAAGUGGGCAAGGCCUAAAUCAAAACACUUCUCUUAAACGAGCUAGUGAUACACGUUGGGGUUCACAUUAUGACACUUUGAUUAGCGUGACUAUUAUGUUUUCAGCUAUUGUUAAUGUACUUGAGACACUUGCAGAGGAUGGGUCAUCAGAAAAAAAGUUUGAAGUAAAUCUUUUAUUGGAAUUUAUACAAUCCUUUAACUUCAUAUUUUGUUUGCAUUUGAUGAGAGCUGUUUUGGGAAUUACAAAUGAUUUGUCAAAGGCACUUCAAAGGAAAGAUCAAGAUAUUGUGGUUGCUAUGUCCUUGGUCAAAUUAAGUAAGGUCCAAUUACAAAGGAUGAGGGAAAGUGGAUGGGAUUCUUUACUCAACGAAGUUUCUUCUUUUUUUGUGAAACAUGACAUUCCUAUUCCUAAUAUGGAUGAUACAUUUCUACCUCGAGGAAGACUACGACGUAAAGCUCAUGACAAGUCAAACUUGCAUCAUUAUCGUGUUGAUUUGUUUAAUUCCAUCAUAGAUAUGCAACUUCAAGAGUUAACUAGUCGUUUUUCUGAAAUGAGUUCCGAGUUGUUGCUUUGUGUGGCUUGUUUGUGUCUGGAUGAUUCAUUUUGUGCUUUUGAAAAGCAAAAACUAAUCCACCUUGCUCAAUUUUAUCCCAAAGAAUUUUCUUCACAUGCUCUCAUGAGACUUAGUGAUCAACUUGAGAAUUAUAUUGCGGAUAUGCGUUCUAUUUGUGAGUUUGAAGGAUUAAAAGGGAUUGGUGACCUCGCAAAAAAAAUGGUGGAAACCAAAAGAGACAAGGUACAUUCACUAGUUUAUUUGCUUGUGACAUUAGCGUUGAUCCUACCAGUUGCAACUGCUAGUGUAGAGAGGACAUUUUCUGCUAUGAAUAUCGUAAAGAACCGAUUGCGCAACAAAAUGGGAGAUGAAUGGAUGAGUGAUAGCUUGAUAGUAUAUAUUGAAAAGGAGAUAUCUAGUGGCAUGGAUAAUGAAGUUAUCAUACAACGUUUUCAAAAUAUGACAAGUCGUUGGGGACAAUUGUGA